AUGGGCCAUAGUCGAGGUGCGGCGGCGGCGUCUCGGGUGCCGGCGCUGUUCGUGUUGGGCGACUCGCUGGUGGACGACGGCAACAACGGCGCGCUCGCCAGGGCCGACUACUACCCUUACGGCGUCGACUUCCCGCCGCUGGGCGCCGCCACCGGCAGGUUCUGCAACGGCAAGACCGUCGCCGACGCCUUGUGCGAUCUUCUGGGCCUCCAGUACGUGCCGCCGUACACGAGCACCCGCGCCCUGAACGGGACGGCGGCGAUGCAGGUGCUCGGCGGCGUCAACUACGCGUCGGCGGCGGGAGGCAUCCUGGACGAGACAGGGCAGCACCUGGGCGAGAGGUUCAGCCUGAGCCAGCAGGUGCUCAACCUGGAGGCGACGCUAGACGGCGCCAUCAGGCCCCUGUUCGGCGGCGACCAUGACGGGUACGAGCGGCACCUGGCGCGGUCGAUCGCCGUUGUAGUGAUCGGCGGCAACGACUACCUCAACAACUACCUCCUCACGCCGCUCGGCAUCGGCUACGACUCCGGCGACCGGUACCGCCCCGGCGAGUACGCCGACCUCCUGCUGGACCAGUACUACGCCCGCCAGAUACUGGCUCUGCACAGCCUUGGGCUGAGGAAGUUUCUACUGGCCGGUGUGGGCCCGCUGGGCUGCACCCCGGGCCUGCGGGCCUCGGCUGGGAUGGGCCCACAAGGUCAGUGCGUGGAGCAGGUGAAUCAGAUGGUGGGGCUCUUCAACCAGGGGCUCAGAUCGCUCGUCGACCAGCUCAACGCCGACCACCACCCUGUCGCCACCUUCGUCUACGGCAACACCUACGCCGCCGUCCAGGACAUGAUCAACAACCACAGCAAAUACGGUUUUACGGUGGUGGACAGCGGGUGCUGCGGGGUGGCGCAGAUCGUCACCUGCGGCCUCUGCGUGCCGUUCGUGGCGCCGUGCGGCGAGCGGGAGCGGUACGUGUUCUGGGACGCCUACCACCCAACGCAGGCGGCCAACCUGGUACUGGCGCAGAUGGCUUUCGCCGGCACGCCGGAGCACGUCUACCCUCUCAAUCUCCGGCAGCUGGCUGAGCUAUAAGACUAUGCAUGGAUAGUAUAUAUUUGGUAUACGUACAUAUAUAUAUACUUCUCGUCAG